GCUGGCGCGCCCUUCACUUUCCUACGACGAGGAAUCCACCACGACCAGGACUGGACAUCUACGUGAUUCCAAUAUCCCUACUCAUAUAAGACAUACCUUUUCAGCUGUCCACGGAUCUAAUUUCAUUUCGCUUCGAGAUCUACUCAAACUACUACCCUCACCCUCAUGUUUGAUGCCAUACACAGAUGAAGGUCAACUGGUAACGGGUGCGGAGUUCAGACGGCGAAUGCCCUUCAUUCCGUUCGUUGACAGUGGCGGCCUGUGGGAUAAUUUGGUACGAUUUACAUCUUGACAGAUAUCAAUCUCAGAAACGGAAACAACGAGUACGAUGCAGAAUCGGGAACAACGUGCAUGAUGCAGGGGGUUCAUUGGUCAUAAGAAUGUCAUUCCUGGACUUCCGCUCGCGUCCCUUGUUCUUAAUCGACGGGAUGUGUCUUCGUCCGCCAAAGGUUCAUAAGACAAGCACCGUUACAAUCACUGGGAAACUGGUCGUGUUCUACCGCAAAUGCCCUACAACCCGAGUGCAGGAUCGACCGUCUAUAUCUUUGGUCAGCGGUACAGAUGAACCUGGAAACUUUGAAAUCCCGUCUAUUCAGUCCUUCCCUUUGCGAUUCCGAGAAGUGAAGUUUCUGUCAAACUCUGGGUUCUCCGUGAGCAUUUGAUAUAAGGGAUCUAGGCCUUCUCUUUUUCUUUUUAGAACUUUAAACGCUUACCCUCAAUUGCAGGAGUAUGUGUUACGGUAUAUUAAGCAGCACUCAAGCUGACACCAACCCACCCUUUGGCGUUCAUAAACAGCCUGUACACCCCCACCUUAGACUCAGCUAUGUUUAUUCCAAGGGCAACGGCUGAUGAAAUCCGUCCCAGAUACUCAAUAUCCUACGACGCCGUUGCAUAUCUGAGUAUAUCACUCUGUAUGAUGGUGAUCUUUACCUCCACCUUUCUUUCCAUCCAUCCACUAUCUAAACAAAAAUCGGACCGAGUCAGUUUUCGGAUAAUGAACUACGCCCUUUGUGGAACGGUUGUGUAUCUUAUCGGGGGAUUUAUAUCAAACCGUGUUUCAGGACAAACGGCGUGUCGUGUCGGAGGAUCGCUCGUGAUAUUUGGGUUGCAUGUAUCGACCUUUCUGUUUUUCUGCAUCGGGCUCAAUCUUCAAUUGGUCAUGAUUCAUGGAAUCGAUGGAACCAAGGCGGAAAAAUACUAUGUUGGAGGGAGCCUAUUCUUGGCAAUAUCAUUGGGCGUCGUGACAUAUUUAUCUAAACAACUCGUCUAUAACCCUGCUCAGAAUGCGUGUUUGUGGUACGAUCCUGACCCAGUCAGAACUUUUAUAUGGCGAGUAGGCAUCUGGCUCGCAUGGAACUUCCUCGCUAUGGCCGGAGAACUCGUCACAUUUAUCUCAGUUAUUAUCUUCAUGGCUCGUGCCAAGGUCUUCGAAACAAGUCGUCCCGGUGGUUCGACUACCCACACAACUCAUUCAAGGUCUUCAGCGUUGCACCAAUUCCCGAAAUCUAUUGGGCCCAAGCAGUACCGGAACGUCGUCCUACGUAUCGCACUCUAUCCCCUUUCGUCGUUGGCUACAUCGGGGCUCAUGGCUCUCGGGACCGUCUUCACUCAGGCUCCCAUCAAAGGAUCAACGAACAGACCAGAUAUAAACGUUAUGAGCACUCUUCGUAUCGUUUACCUGUCCCGUGGUACGAUUUAUGCGCUUGUCGCUGUCGCUGAUCCGGCUAUCACUCAAGGAAUGAAAAUGCUAUACAGACGCUAUAUACGGCGACAGACACCUACACCUUUACUAGAUGAUGGUGCCGAAAAUGUCGAAGUUCGCUCUCUAACUAGACACAAAUCAGGCAGUGGUGUACGACUGGAAGAUUCGACUCACUCGAGUAACGGCAGUGAACCUCAAUCGUCCUUCCACCAAUCUAGGAGCAACGGAAUGGUUCUGCCCACGAUGCCAAAGGCUGUAGCCUUACUACCACUUCAGGAAACUCAACUUGACACCUGUUCGAAUUAUGGCAUCAUGGACGCGAGGAGUGAAAGUGAAUCUCAGGUCGAGGACAGCACGGUUCAGUAUUCGCAUUCACAGCUGAGGCAGCUGUAA